CAGACAGUUUGCUCUGACAGGAACACGGAGGCGCAUCGCUUUUUACGCACGACACUACCGACCGCGGAAUUACACUAAGGUCCGAGCAGCUCUUUGGCACAUUAUGACGAUUUCAUGUGCAGCACGCGGCUGGGUGCAAUCUUAAGCUGUCUGAGAUCGAUACACAUUUCUCCGGAGCUGCAGAGUUGAUUCAUCUCUUGCUUCUGUCGCGCGUAAAACCUCUUUGGCGCGUCAGGGAGAAACAAUCCCGCCGCAAAGUCUCUCGGAUAUUUGAGCUAAAACAACACGAUGGAAAACUUUACAGCGGCUCCGGAGCUCAACCACACUUUGGGUGUUUGGACGGACUACAGUAUCCAGUACAAAGUGCUAAGUAGUUUGCUGCUUUUCCUGAUUUGCGCUUUAGGAAUCGUUGGCAACGUGAUGGUGAUCCUGGUAGUGCUCACAACCAAACACAUGAGGACUCCGACAAACUGCUAUCUGGUAAGUUUGGCAGUAGCUGAUUUGAUGGUUCUGACAGCAGCUGGUUUACCCACAAUUACCGACAGUAUCUUUGGAUCUUGGGUGUUUGGCCGCUAUGGGUGCCUGUGCAUCACCUACUUCCAGUACCUUGGGAUCAACGCCUCGUCUUGCUCUAUAACAGCGUUCACCAUAGAGAGAUACAUCGCCAUCUGUCAUCCGAUUAAAGCUCAGUUCCUGUGCACCCUCUCCAGGGCCAAAAAGAUCAUUUUGUUCGUUUGGGCUUUUACUUCUCUGUACUGUGUGAUGUGGUUCUACCUGUCAGACAUCCAGGAGCAGGUGUACGACAACAUUACCAUCAUCACGUGCGGCUACAGAGUCCCCAGGAAGUUUUAUUUACCCAUUUACUUCUUUGAUUUCGGCGUUUUCUUCGUGCUGCCGCUGCUGCUCUCCGCGGUCCUGUACGGACUCAUCGCAAGGAUCCUCUUCCUCAACCCGCUGCCCUCCGACCCUAAGGACAAGAAGAAGAACGGACAAAACAACCACACCAACAAUAAGAGGACGAGCUGCAAAAACUCCCGUCACUCCAGCUCCACCGCGACCUCCCGCAGGCAGGUGACUAAGAUGCUGGCUGUGGUGGUGAUCCUGUUUGCUGCGCUCUGGAUGCCAUACCGCACUCUGGUGGUGGUCAACUCCUUCCUGGACCGGGCCUACCUGGACAGCUGGUUUCUGCUUUUCUGCCGUAUCUGCAUCUACCUCAACAGUGCCAUCAACCCAGUCAUCUACAAUGCCAUGUCUCAGAAGUUUCGUGCCGCUUUCCGCAAGAUCUGCGGCUGUGGGAGGAAAGGCUCGGAUAAACCUGCUGCCUACAGCGUGGCCCUCACAUACAGCGCAGUCAAGGAUACGUCAAUGGUGGAGAGCACCGAUCACUUCACGACAGAGCUGGAGGAACUCACCGUCACAGACGAGCUGCUGUCUGAUCAGAAAAUGAUGUUCCCAGACCCUUGUGUGUAUGGAAAGGUGAACUUUAGCGAAGCCUGAGGUUGGUGGUCUGAGGCCGGCUGGACGGUUCUGUAUGCCAGCGAGGAUGAAAGAGUUUGACAGUGUUGUUUAUUGCAGACUGUGAAGUGGGAAUAUUGUUUCCUGAGUGCAUGCUGACCUUUCUAAAACCAGGCGGUUUUAGCUUGAGAUGUAAACACAGAUUACAGCCACUGAUGCGUAAUGACAGUCUUUGAGGCACAAAGCCGAGACUGAUCUCAGACAUUGUAAAGCAACAAACAUUGUCAGAUAAGCACUCUAGCUGUCAUCUUAUCUUGGACCUACCCACGUAUAUUACAGUGUAUGAGUCAACAAAACAUGAAUGUGAACAAAGACACCGUUCCUACUUCAGAUGUAUAAUUGUUGUGCCACAAUCCAGAUCAGCACAGACUCACUUCAGAUCAUUAAAGCUGCGAGAGGUAAUUGUCUGAGGAGAGGUGAACUCCCUGGACAUAUUCCUGUUUAUUUAAGGAUACCAAAGAGAUGACAAAAGCAAACAGAAUUCACCCUGUUCUUUGCCUGAACUAGGGCCUGCUGCAUUGCAUGAUUUUGUGCUCUUGCCUCUGUGUAAGAGCGUACGUGCAAUUACUUUGCUUAGCGUAGCUUAGUCUCAUCCUUUUCUCGGCAAAAGCUUUUUUAACUAAAAAAAAGCUGGUAUUGAGUUUUAAAUGUUUUUCAGAUGACAUAACCAUUUAGAUUCCCAAUAUCUGAUCAGUGUAUCCAAAUUCCAAAUCAAAUUUUUGGAAAUUUGCACUAACAUUGUCGGCGGAGCUGCCUAUGUGAGACCAGCCAGUCAGCUUAAUGUCACAAAGCAAAUGUCGACAGUGUUUUCAUUAUCAGUGUUUCCAACUAACUAGCAACAAACUUAGUGACUUAAGCAGACCAUUGGGGAAAAGGCAAGAAAUAUAUUACAUCGUAAUUCAUUGCAAUGCGUGCUGCUCUUAGUAAUCACACCACUGCUCUACCGGUAUCAGCACAGGGUCUCCCCCCGUCUCCUCUUGUGCUGUGCAGUCGGUGUGGGACAGGCAGCAGAAGAAGAGACGCUGUUCACUGUGGGAGUUCAGAUGUAGUGUGUUUCUAUGGUUAUGUUGAUGCUCUCAGGAUUGGAAGUGUAAGAAAGCGGUGAACUAUCCAAGCGCCACAGCUCUCAUGCUAUUUAAAUGUUUUGUUGAGGAUUUUUCUAAUUAAUCUAAUUUAGUUUUAAGGCUUCCAUUAAUACAUAAUGAUGUCACCAAUAUGCAAAUAAGCAUGUGAUAUCAUCUGUUUACUUUUAGAGCUAGUGUUAGCUACUUUCAUUAGAGUUCAUGAUUACUAUCACUGUCGGCAAAAAAAUUCUUAACACUGAAUGUUAAUACAAAUGAUGAUGAUGAUGAUGAUGAUGCUCUAUAGCUAGUCCCUUAACUAAUGCAAAAGAAGGCUUAGUUAAUGCUAGUUAAGUGCUUGGUGUUAACAUAUGGUAGUUAGCUGUAUGGGGGCAGUAACAGUAGUGUAACACUUCUCCUUGAAACCCUCAGUUUCUAUGGUGAAGAAAUCUAGAUUUUAUGCACAACGUAGAAAAACUAGCACCCCACAACUGGUUGGUCAGCUUCAUCUGUUGAUAGUUAGCCCUUUAAAGGUCCAGUGUGUAGCAUUUAGGGGGAUAUAUUGGCAGAAAUAGAAUAUAAUAUGAUGAGUAUGUUUUCUUCAGUGUAUAAUUAACUGAAAAAAAGAAUCAUUGUUUUUGUUUGUUACCUUAGAAUGAUCUGUUCAUAUCUACAUAGGGAAUGGGUCCCUGUCUACAGAUAUUGCAAUGUUGUACCGCCAUGUUUUUAUCAUAGCCCAGAAUGGAAAACCAAACACUGGCUCUAGAAAGAACCAUUAGCAUUUUUGUAUUUUCGUGUCUGCCACUGUAGUUAGCAGCCCCUCCAUGACAAAAGUGACAGAAAAACACAGAUUUAUAUUGUUUUUUUGUUUUGUUUUUUUUUUACAUAAAACUGCUUUAUUUGGGAGGUUUUUACUGGUUUAACUCACUGGGUCUGUUUGUUUUGGAGAGGAAGAAUUCAGCUCCCAAUAAAAAUCUCCUGACUGUCUGAAUCUUAAGUUAUCAGAGAGAACUGAUGAGCACACAUUAGCAAGUGCUAGGGUAGCAGCCAGUAUUUGAGAUGAGGCUGAUUUAGGCUGAGAAAAAGGAUAGAUUCUCACACCAAAAAAAGCCUCAACCUGUGCAGCUUUAAUAACUGUAUGCCAUCCUGCCCCCCUGAUGUUUUCUGGGCAGGCGGUCCAUUAAAGGGUGAGUCACACCUGAACCUUCACAGAGAAAACAGGCUCUAUUUUUAUUGUGAAGGACACGUAUGCGGCCUCGAGCACAAUGUGAGAACCAAGACAGACUGUGCUGAGUGUGUUCUGGAGGCCGGGGUUCAGUCUUUAUAAAGACCUCUUGAUGGCAUGUUGAGUGUCUCCACUGCAAAGUGUUCGCUGACAGACUGUACAUAAGGACAGCACUUUUUUAAUUCAAGAAGGGCCAUAAUGAAAUGUAUUAUGUGCUGUUGCAGCACCCCCAGCAUCACCCCGUUUCUAAUAAGGCAUAUUUAUAACUGGUCACUAACUGCUAUAUUUAUAGGCAAGAAAUCAUUUUAUAACCCUUUACAGAUUAAUAAGAUAUGUUUUGGGUUGUCAGGUGUCCCUUUUGGUUGCCAUUUACAAGCAAAAAUGAAUAUGUCUUUUUAUGUUGCUCUUUCAAAGAAUAUUCUUUAUGAUUUUCAUGGAAUCAAACCCUGUUUUCAAUACUAUUUAUGUAUCGGCAUUCAGUAAUUCACAUUUUAUGUUAGUUUUCAUUGUGUCCUCCUGCACACAAGGGAUUCACAGGAAACGACGCAUGUAUGAAAGCUUUUAAUAACAGUUGAUAUCAGCCUGGAAAAACAACCAACGCUCUGCAAGUGGGAUUGAGAACAGAGAUGCAAUUUUCCUGCAACAGUGCCAGAAUCUAUAAAAAAAAUUGGCACUGUAGGCGUGAAUAAGAUGGAUGCAACUGGGUUGGUGUAAGCCGACCCACAGAUAAAAUAACUUUGUAUUGACUGAUUGAUUAAGGGCUGCCCCCUAUAAGUUGCAGUUUGAAUCAUCAGUCGGACACACCUCAGUCAGCUUAAAUACUUCAGUCAAGCAGUUGUUUUUUUUGUUUGUUUUUUGGUAGUCAGUGUGCUGUGCAGUGUUUUCUAGGGACGUUUUGGUCUCCAGAUUUUGCUGUAGAGUAAGCACUCUUGACUUUCAUCUAACACUUCACAGACAGCUGCAGACGAGAUGCAGCAGCAAAGAGGAGGAGAGACUUUGCACCGUAAGGAUCCCAAAUGACAUUAUCUUCUCACAGCUCACAGGAGCUUAAUACAACACAGUGUCAGGCUUUUGUUUGAUAUCAAGUGUUGGAAAAAUGUUGCACAUUUCAGAUCCGUCUUUUGCACAGAUAGCUUGGUUACUAUAUCCAUGAAUGUCACAGUCACCCCAAAAAUCCCACUGAAACCUAUUCAAACUCCCAAAGUCUAUAUGGAAAAACAAUCACUACUAAUUGGUUAGAGGAAAAAACAAUAUUGCCAAACAAAAAAAAGAAAGGCAAUCUGACCUUUCCAUCGGGAAAGGGGCCUUUGAGAGUUUGCCAUUUCUUACCAUUAGUACAGUUUGUAAUUGUCAUCUUUUGUUAUGGAGCAUGUUUGCUGGAACCAGUACACUCCAACAUCACAGCAGUGAGGUGAGAGAUGACAAGUGAAACCACAACCAAGACUUUUCCUGCUGUUAACGACUUUAUUUAGAAAGGACCGAAGUUGCGACCUUUUCUUGACGAUUUUCUGAGUUUUCAAAUAGUCUACAGUUCUAAAUGUUCAUUAACUAAACACAUUAUAAUACAGACUUGUCACAGCUUAUAAACCCUUUAUAAAAUAUGCCUUGUAGACAAUGGUACCUUCUUCCCUCUUUAAUUAUUAUUCUACGACUCUCUUAUACAUUCAAAAAAGGUUUCUCUUUUUUGUUUGAGCAGAGGUUGUAACCCGGAAUGUUUCACACUGUAAAAGACUGUAUAUAGUGUUACAGAGAUUGAAUGUAAGAACAUGUUGAUAUAUUUCAGCUGCAGCACUAAAACGUCCAUCCAAGCAUCAGUGUUUGAGUGAAAGCAUAGUGAAGUGAAUGUGUUCGUCCGUGUUUCGUAUCAUUUGAACUGUGGAUGUGUAAAACCUGUCGCUUUGCUCGUCUCGCUCUGUAGUUGUGGAAGCCGUCAGCAAGCCGGUGAACAUGGCUGGAUGGAUGUGUGAUGUUUCGACUUGCUGUUGUUGUGUGGCGUUUUCUGCAAGAUCAGUGGCUGUUUAUGAAUUUCCAAGCACAGUCUGCCAAACAGGGGAAUAUAAUUGGGCAGCAGCAGAAGAAGACGAUGAAGCUCUCACUCUCAAACAGUGGUUUCAUUCACUACUGUGUGAGGGAAAUGUCAAAUAAUAGCUACAGCUUCUCUUUAAUGAUUGUACCAAUACUGUACAUGUAUUGUGUAUCAGUAGAUUCAUGCCCUCGUGUAUGUUCCCUGUGUAUUUAAAGUGAUUGUUAUUUAUGGUGACUUCUGUUUGUCAGGCAGAAGUUAUCUGUAUAUCUUUAUGCCACUCUUGCUUUCACAAUUGCCCAUUAAAACAUUAUAAAUAUUAUUUUGUGAUGUGCAACUUGGAAGCUGCUGCCUUGGUCUUGCUUUUUAGA